GUAUAAUCUAUGGUACACAUGACAGAUAAGUGUCAAAACAAAAUUUUUGGUGAAUUUCAAUUCUUUAAAGUAAUCGUGUUGGCGAUUUAAUUAUUUAGAACAGGAAGUUAUCACUUCUCCCUAAAGGCAUAUCUAUUUAUCCAAUUUCGGUCGUUUUACAUUAUAAUUUCGAUUGUUUGAAAGUUUGAUUUAUACAUUACAAUAAUUCACAUCAAUAAUUAGAGAUGGUGUGUGUCCCUUGUUUCAUCAUUCCUGUUUUGCUGUUUUUGUGGCAUAAAUUUAUCCAACCUUAUGUUCUGCGCUUUUGGAACCCAUGGGCUGUGAAGGACGCUGAUGGUAAUGUAACAACAGAAUUUCCAUUCAAAUGUGAAGGCGGUGUUUGUGCGUUCAUGAAGAAACAUAAUAAAGUGACUGAAAAACCUGAAAACGAUUUAGGUGACAGUAAACAAAACCUCGAUGUAAGGCUAAAGUCCGAAUGAUGGUUGAAUAAAUUUAAAUAUUUAUAUAGUUAAAACAAAAUGUGUUGCAGUAACUUGUCCAGUCUGCAUUUAUAAGCAUUGACCUUGAUUGAUAUUACCUUGGCGAGUUACAAUAUGGAUUUAAAUCAACAGCAAGAAACUUGUAGAACAAUGGAUAGUGCUUAUUGUUAAUUUUAAAUAAAUAAUAUAUGAUUCUAUUCUA